CUCCGAUAUCGAGCUGGAUCGAGCUGAUGGGCCGAAGUCGAUGACGGCGAGGGGCUCCGCCUCCACCGACAACAAGCGGCCGCCGUAUUCUCGAACGAGCUCACCGCCUUCUCAUUAGAGGGGAGGAUGCAGCUCCGGAUCUCGCCGAGCAUGAGAACCAUCACGAUCUCGAGCAACAAUGGGGUCCUCGACUCGAUGAAGGUCAAAGUUGGAGCCGGUGCUCGCCCGCCGCCCUAUCGAAAUCUCUUCUACACCGUUUUAAUCCUCGCCUUCCUCCUCCCCUUCGUCUUCAUCCUCGCGGCCAUCGUAACUCUCGAGGGUGUUGAUAACUGCUCCUCCUUCGAUUGUUUAGGUAGACGGCUUGGCCCAAAGUUUCUUGGAAGGAGAACGGAUCAUUCCGUGAGAUUUAUAAGAGAUUUGUAUGAGGCACUUAAUCACGUUAACUUUGAGGAGAUUCCCUCAGAAGCAAUAUUGCCAGGAUCAUUCGAUGAGUUCCUUUUUGAAAUAAAGAAAAACCAGUAUGAUAUCAAGACAUUUGCUGUUUUUCUGAAGGCAACGAUGGAAAGUAUGGAUAGAGAGGCGAAAAGAGCAAAGUUGGCAGAACAGUUGCACAAGCAUUUUGCAGCGGAUGCUAUCCCUAAAGGCAUCCAUUGUCUUUCGUUACGCCUAGCGGAUGAAUACUCGUCUAAUGCUCAAGCUCGAAAGCAAUUGCCUCCGCCAGAGUUGCUUCCAUCACUAUCCGAUAAUUCGUUGCAUCAUUUCGUUUUGUUGACGGAUAAUGUUCUCGCGGCUUCUGUUGUUGUUUCAUCUACGGUGAGGUCCUCGUUGAGGCCAAUGAAAAUCGUCUUUCAUGUUAUAACCGACAAGAAGACGUAUCCGGUCAUGCAUUCGUGGUUUUCUUUACAUCCUCCUUCCCCAGCAAUUGUUGAAGUUAAGGGUGUUCACCAAUUUGAUUGGUUGACAAGGGAUAAUGUGCCUAUUCUUGAAGCUAUAGAGAGUCAUCAUGGUGUUCAAAAUCAUUAUCAUGGAAACCAUGUUAAGGGUAGUAAUAUUACUGAUAAUCCAAGAAUUUUUGCUUCGAAAUUGCAAGCGAGGAGCCCAAGAUAUAUCUCUCUACUCAACCAUCUUCGCAUUUACCUGCCUGAGCUAUUUCCAAAUCUCAACAAGGUGAUAUUUCUUGAUGAUGAUGUUGUUAUUCAACGCGACUUAUCACCACUUUGGGAUAUUAAUAUGUCCGGAAAGAUAAAUGGGGCUGUAGAAACUUGCAGGGGUGAUGAUAAAUGGGUCAUGUCGAAACGAUUUCGGACAUAUUUCAACUUUUCUCAUCCCAUAAUUUCUGAUAAUUUGGAUCAAGAUGAAUGUGCAUGGGCAUAUGGAAUGAAUAUCUUUGAUCUGAACGCCUGGAGGAAAACAAAAAUUAGAGAUUCAUACCACUAUUGGCUCCAGGAGAAUCUAAAUUCGAACUUAACACUGUGGAAGUUCGGCACGCUGCCUCCGGCUCUUAUCGCUUUCAGAGGCUAUGUUCACCCAAUUGAUCCGUCAUGGCAUAUGUUAGGCUUAGGCUACCAGGAGAAGACCAACAUUGACAAUGUGAGAAAAUCUGCAGUCAUUCAUUAUAAUGGUCAGUGUAAGCCAUGGCUGGAGAUUGGUUUCAAGCACCUGAAGCCUUUUUGGACAAAAUAUGUAAAUUACUCCAAUGAAUUCAUCAGAAAUUGUCACAUUUUGAACCCUGAAGAGUAGAUCAGUCAUAUAUAUAUCUCUCAAAUCUCAGAAAACAGAGCCAUAUUUUUGGACAGAUAUGCAAUUUCUCUGCUUUGCUGCUGGUGAAUUGAACAUUCUUUUGAUCUGAAAUAUAAAUUUUUCAGUAAUUUUAUAAUUACAUUAUGAGCCAUAAUUCAAGGGAGCAGCAAAAUUUAUUGGCACAAUGCUGAAAGAAGAAGGCUUGGAUUGUUACACAGCUGAAAGAAACUUUGGCCAUAAUUUUUUUUUUUUUUUUUUUUGUAAUUUCCACAAUUCUUUUGCCUUCAAAUUUUAAUUUUUUUUAAUUAUUUUUAUCAUUUAUGAAGGAAUAUUAAUGUUAGGGAUUCUUAUGGCAGGGGCUGUUAGGAUAUUAUUUCUUUG